AUUAUCGAUCGACUGACGAACAGAUCGAAAUAAAUGGGCAUCUGAUUUAAGUAGUAGAUGCUAACCUAACCCGUCUUUCAGCCAUUUUACUUUUACUUCUUACGCAAAAUUGAACCCCGAUAGAGAUUGUCGCGAACAUUCGCGAUCGACGUAAGUAAUGGCAGGCAGACUGUUUGCGAGUCGCUUGCGACCUGUCAUUCAGUUCCAAAGAUGUAACCUGAUGACAAUGGACAGGGUUGGUAAUAGGGAUGUGGUUGGCUUUGGAUACAAUGGCGAACCCUCCUACUUGGACAGAGUGGACUUCCCCUGUCCUUCGGUUCGUUGGAAAGAAAACACUCCUGAUAUCAUGGCACUGAGAGAGAAGGAGAAGGGUGACUGGAAGAAGCUAUCAAUCGAGGAAAAGAAAGCCCUGUAUCGUGCCAGCUUUCGCCAAACGUUCAGUGAGAUGGAAGCACCCACAGGAGAAUGGAAGGGCAUUGUUGGGAUGGCCCUUCUAGUAGUGAGCUCUGGCAUAUGGCUCUAUUUGUAUUUCAAGACAUUUGCUUAUCCACCAUUGCCUGAAACAUUCACACUAGAGAGACGAUUGGCACAGUUGGACCGUAUGAAGAAACUUGAUAUGAAUCCAAUUGAAGGAUGGGUCGGCUCACGAAAAAAUUUAAAUUAAAUUUAUCUGUACUAUUAAAUUAGUCGUCAUGUACAGUAUCUCGUUUCCUGGGCGCUUGUAUAAUAUGUACAAGUGGCGAGAUUUUAAUAAAUGCCAUGUGCGAUUACAUUAGAGUGCA